AACCGCCAAUAAAAGUCUAAAAGCUUAAGCAUCGAUCAAUCGAACUGUUCAAUGAAGAGAACUCAGCGAUUCAAGCGAGUCUCAAAACCCAAGAAAUCGAUUCCAGAGAGCGAACCCGACGAAGACUCAGCUGCAAAUCGGUCAACUCAGCUUCUGAAAUCCAUAAGCACUAGAGUCAAACCCAAAAGGCCUAAAAUUCUUUCACUUCCACCCUCAACGUCAUUGACUUUUGAUCAAAUGACAAUCUUGCCCCGUGAAUUCUUUCAAAUUGACGCUCUUGACCUAGCUCCUCGUCUACUUGGGAAGUUCUUGAAGAGAGACAACGUUGUUUUGCAGAUUACUGAGGUAGAAGCUUAUAGACCGAAUGACUCAGCUUGUCAUGGUAGAUUUGGGAUUACAGCACGAACUGCUCCAGUUUUUGGACCGGGAGGGCACGCUUAUGUUUAUCUUUGCUAUGGUUUGCAUACAAUGCUCAAUGUUGUUGCGGACAAAGAAGGAAUUGGUGCUGCUGUGUUGAUUCGUUCUUGUGCUCCGAUUAGUGGGAUGGAUACCAUUCAGGAGCGACGCGGUCAGAAAACAGGGAAGCCUGCUCUCCUCAAUGGACCUGGCAAGGUUGGUCAAGCACUGGGGAUUUCUACGGAAUGGUCUAACCAUCCCCUUCACUCUCCUGGUGGUUUAGAACUCUUGGAUGGCCCAGAACCUGAAAAGAUACUAGUCGGUCCACGUGUCGGCAUUGAUUAUGCUUUACCUGAACAUGUAAGUGCACUGUGGAGAUUUGCCAUUGCUGGUACUGCCUGGAUAAGUGCUCCCAAAAACACUCUAAGACCGCCCUAGUAUUGAAGCAGCAAUGUGCUAUGUGAAGUUGGGAGCAAGAGAGAACCCUUUUGUCUUAAAUUGGUAAAGUAUCUCACCCCUGCAAUGUACACGUAAUUUUGAAGGAAAAUGAGACGGCAUUUUUUUUUCUUUCAUCAAAAAUGGUAUGAGUUUCCCUGUUUCUGAAUUGUACAUAAUGACCACGCAGAAAAGCACAUGUUCAUCAAGUCUUUGAACCUAUGCAAGGGGCCAAGGCUGUCCGAGUCUCCGAAAACCUCGUUUGUUGUUUCUCAUGGAUUCUCUAAUCCCAAAAAUUAUUGCAACUUAAUUACUUACUCCUCAUGGUUUCAGAAACUAUUAUUAAAUCCCUCUUCUUCUUU